AUGCACUUCUCCAAGACCAUCCUCUCUGCCGUCACAUUGGCCCUCUCUGCAGCCGUCAUCGCCAGCCCUGUCGCCGAGCCGGUGGCUGAGCCGGUGGCCGAGCAGCAGCAGCAGCACGAGGGCCGCGAGCUGUCGGCCGAGUCCAUCGAGUUCAUCAAGCGGGCCCUCCUCGAAGACCGCCAGGGGUGGACGUGCUCUUUUCUGGGCGGCGAUCAGGGGUGUCAGGUGAAGUUCCUCCUCCUCGGCCCCUGGUGA